AUGAUCCCAGCCAUUCGCGCGGCUUCUCGUCGCCAGUGUCGCAUCCCGCCAGCCACAAAUUCCAUAAAAUGCAGGCGCUUCUCCUCUCCCGUUCCUCCUCCGAUCCGCCACAAUGCCCCCAAAGCACAGGUCGUCCCCCCGCCGCUGCCGCAGAAAAAGCACUCGCUGCUAGGCCCCACGCCCAAGAAGCCAGAUUUGAAGGAACGCCCUUCGGUUCUGGCCCGGGCGAUAGAACACAAAUCUGCAAGCAGCACUACCGCGUCGUCGACACCCGUAAUAGAGACGUCGAAGCGAGACUUGGAGGACGCUGAGAAGCACGGCUUGAUGAAACCAGCCCCGCCAAACGCGAAUUGGGCACGCCGGCUGCUUCAUAAGGCGAUAGAGUUAUUCAAAUUCUACUACCGAGGCAUAAAGCUUGUGUUCACCAAUCGCAAGAGAGUUGCCGAGAUAAAGAGCAGGAUCCAUGCUGGCGGCUCGCCCAUGACGAGAACUGAAUUCCGCUUCAUCGAGCAAUACUACGAGGACAUAAGAAAACUCGUGCCGUUUAUUAUCAUUGUCCUGGUCGUCGAGGAAAUCGUCCCUCUCAUUGCUAUCUACGCUCCCUUCAUGCUCCCAUCAACUUGCAUUCUGCCCUCUCAGAAAGAACGCAUAUAUAUACAGAAAGAGACCAAGGCACUAUCGAUAGCAGCGGAAUACCAAGACACGCUGAAGCAGCUCGCAAACGAGGCGGCAGAGGCGUCUCCAUUCUCCUUCUCCCGUAUCUCGAUACCAGAAGGAUUCAUGGCUGUCUGCGGGAUCUUGAGGCUUUCUACUUGGGGACCCGACUUGCUACGGAAACGACGUAUUCGUCAGCACUUGAACUUCAUUGCCAUGGACGACGAAUUGUUGGCGAAGGAAGAGAAACUCGAAGCCGAGGAGGUCCGCAGCGCACUGGAAGAACGAGGCCUCCUUUUCUCGGAAGUGAGCCUCUCAGAGCAGCGGAGACGGUUGAACUGGUGGUUGUCUAGUAUCACGCAGGGAAAUGACGGCGAAGAUGCUGUGUCGACCCGCCUUCGCUAUAUCCUACGGAAUUCAGUCUCAAGCGCGUAG